AUGAAUCCUGUGAAUUCGUCUGAUGAAGAGGUUAUUACGAGACGUCAGCCCGUGAAAAUUAAACCACGCAUGUUACCAUCAAAGUCGCGACGCGUCAUGUCGAAUCCGGACAACGCAUCAAGCAUCCAAGAGUCCCCUUCUACUCAAGAGCCCUCUUCGGACACUGCAAAAAUACCCAUAAUAUUAAACUGCUUUGAGGAUGAUGAGGAAGAUGGUUUUUUCACGAGGAAACCUGUAUUCACGAGGAAAUCAUCCUCAAGGAAGACAACUCCUAAAAAUUCACUAUCACAGUUCGACAAGAAUAUCCACGAUGGUGAGAAUGACAACAGUGAUUAUGAACCUCCACGUAAAAAGCGUGAUAACAAAAAGAAACGUAAAAAGUUGGAUUUUAUCGAGCUGAGUGAUUCGAAUAAAGAUGAUAAUGAAGAUAGCGAACUAUAUUCUUAUUCUGAUACGUCAGAUGAAUUGGCUUCUUACUUUGGGAAACCAAAGAAUAAAAAACGAGAAGCAAAAAAUACAUUGAGUGAACCGAUCGAACGAGAAUUAACACCACCUCCGGAACUCGACAGAGUUCAAUUCAUGUCUACAAUGAACUCUUUACAUCAAACACUUAAUCAAUAUUCAGAAGGUAUUCUUGCAAUGAAUUCAGUGGACCUGAGUAUAUUGGAAUCGAGAACACCUCUGGAAAUAGAUUUAGAUCCUGAACUUCGCGCCAUUUCACAAAAGACUGUACUUCAAGUUAAUUCAGAACGACCAUUCAUAGACAGAUCAACCUCUUAUAAAGUUGAAAUAUAUGUACGUGCUAUUAGUCACCCUUCAGAUAUCAUCACUGAGGAAAAUCGUGCGAGAUAUGACGAUUUUGAGAAGCCAAUGAAAUUUAUAUUGAUGGCAAAUGAUACCUUUGAGCAAAUGAUAAAUUAUUUUUGUCAAAAGAAAUCAAUUGCUAAAGAUGAUUUAGUCAUCACAUACAAAAAUAUUAAAGUGUUUCCUCGAGGCACACCCAUUAGUCUAGGAAUCACCAAAGAUGCAAUUAUGGAUGCAUUUACCAAGGACACACAUAGCUUCUUCCGACAGCAAAAAGAACUCGAACAAGAACGAAAGAUGAAAGCACUUGAACAAAAAUUUAUCGAGGAGGAAAGGAAGGAAAAUGAAAUUGAAUUCGUCGGUUCGAGUAGUCAAAGUUAUUUGCAUCUGAAAUUACAAAGUAAAGAUGAAUUGAUUGAAAAACUCAAAGCUAAAAAGACAUCAACUAUUCAGGCUAUAAUCAACAGGUAUCGAACACUUCGAAAUUUACCAGAAUCCGCUAUCGUGAUAUUAAUGUCUCAAGGAGAAAAUCUAGAUCCUAAUAUGUUCGUGGGAGAUACCGAAUUAGAGGAUGGCGAUAUGAUAACAGUCAAGAUUAAUUAA